UACAAUUACACAACUUAGGUUACAAUAUUAGUUGAAACUAAUUUCUGAUCAAUGGAUUCCCAGAAAUCCUCAUCAGCUACACUUUUCCUUCUCACUAACCUGUUUUUUUUCGUUCUUGUAAGUGGUUGUAAGAACCCACCAAAUUCACCGGUGUCAAAACCUAGUCCGAGCACAAACCCUAAUCCAUCUCCAGCCAAGGGACAUUGCCCUAGAGAUGCCCUGAAACUCGGCGUUUGUGCCAAGUUGCUCGGUGGGAAUAUUGGGACCAUAGUCGGAAACCCUCCGAAUACUCCUUGUUGCUCUAUAUUGGGCGGGCUGUUGGAUCUUGAGGCGGCUGUCUGCCUUUGCACGGCAUUGAAAGCAAACGUUCUUGGCAUUAACAUCAACAUUCCUAUUGCACUGAGUUUGCUCAUCAAUACUUGUGGGAAGACACUGCCCAAAGAUUUCAUCUGUGCCUAACUAGGGUUUCUUGCAUUUAGGGUUUCCGGAAUUUUAAGCCAUUUUAACAUGUUUGGUGUUUUCUGCUUUUCUUUUCCUUUUCUAUGCUAAUUUUGUCUUGUAAUUGUAGUCUUAGAACACUACUCGUGGUUUUCUGAAGUCAUUGAUUAGCGCAUUGGUUUCUUUGAAUUUUUUUACUUCCUACCAAAUAUGGCGCAUGAGGAUCAAACAUUAUACUUGGUAGUUGUUAUUAUCAUUUGAUCGUGAGAGACAUAAUUCUCUAUAAAAAGGCAUUCAUGCUUAUUU